UAGUGGCAUACAAAUAGGCAUGCACUUAGAGGAAGUAGGAGCAGCCUCACUCCACUGCUUCACAUGUGUAGCUCGAUAUUUGUACCCAGAGAUGCUGUAAGUGAGCAGAAUGAUAUCAUGGCAGGGGAGCGCGGUAGGGGGUCAAUUGUUAACCGCUUCAAUGUGACAGGAACAGGAAGUGGUUAACAGCGAGCUACAACAUGAGGCUCGUCUGUUCCUCUGUCUCGACACUGCCUGUACAUCACCUCAGCCUUCUCAAAUACAUCCGGCUUUACCAUGAAUUUAACUUAAAUCUGGAGGGAAUAUCUUCAGCCCCAUCCUGCCUGGCACCUGUUUGAUUCUUGGGAGCCAAAAUGACACACAACCAUGCUGGGACUGCCAAUGGUACCAUGAAGAAGGGACAGGAACUUAAGAUUGUGAUAGUGGGAGAUGGAGGCUGCGGGAAAACAUCACUUCUGAUGGUUUAUGCUAAAGGUGAUUUUCCAGAGAAAUAUGCACCGUCUGUGUUCGAAAAAUAUGUCACAACCAUCUCUCUCGGAGGAAAAGAGAUAAAGCUCAACCUGUACGACACAGCUGGACAGGAUGACUAUGACAGACUUCGGCCGCUCUCAUACCAAGAAGCCGAUCUGAUUUUAGUCUGCUUCGAUGUGACCAACCCCACCAGCUAUGAGAAUGUCCUGAUAAAGUGGCACCCGGAGGUGAAGCACUUCUGCCGGGACACUCCUGUCAUCCUGAUUGGCUGCAAGACUGACCUCAGGAAGGAUAAAGAGUGUUCGAGGAAGCUCAAAGCCAUGAAUCAGGUCCCCGUCACUUAUACAGAGGGUGAGGAGACCCGGCAGCAGAUGAAUGCAGAGCUCUACCUCGAGUGUUCGGCUAAACAUCAGGAGAACGUGGAAGACAUUUUCAGAGAGGCCACCAAAAGGACAUUGGCUUUCAAUCGAAAACAAAAGAACAACAAGAGGAGAAAGAACUGUGUCGUUUUGUGAAGUAAAAAACACACAAUAGAGGACUCCACUGGCUAACUUUCUCAUCCACACUGAGGAAGGUUGGACAUUCAGAGAAAGGGGUUUGCAGCUUCUACUCAGAGAACAUUGUGACCCCCUGAAUCAUCAGCCCUUUACCUACACAAGAACAUGACCAAUGAGGUAACAGGAAAGACAGUUUUGCAAGUGGUGUGCAACUUGAAAUGCCAUUUAUUUUUACUUUUGUAUGAGAUGCAUUUUGCGUUUUCUAUAUUUUCUAAUAUAAAGCUUUGUGCCGUUUCAAAAA